UUGGUUACCGAGUGGAAGGGAAUUCAAUGGAUUCCUCCCAAUCCCAAACUUGUCCCAUGGAACAUCACUCUCCUGAUGCUGAAGAAAUUCCUGACGAUUUCGUUUGUUGCGUUUGUCUGGAUCUUCUUUACAAACCAAUAGUUCUGCAUUGUGGUCAUAUAUCAUGUUUCUGGUGCGUUUAUAGAUCAAUGAAUUAUCGAUACGAGUCCCGCUGUCCAGUUUGUAGAAAUCCAUAUUCUCACUUUCCAGGCAUCUGUGAAAUGCUUCACUUCCUGUUGUUAAAGUUAUAUCCGAUUACAUACAAAAACAGGGAAGCUCGGAUUCUGGAGGAGGAAAAGCAAAGCACCUGCUUUUCGCCGGAGUUCAGUGGUUAUGCAUGUGAAUCGGAGGCUGAUGGAGAAAUUAAUCACCUGGGAAGCUCGUCAAAGUCUUCUAAUAUUUCUGACUCUUCUACCAGUGAAGAGGAACUUAAUAAACCAGAUGGACAGAUAGAGUCUCAUGUUUCCAGGAAGGAAAAUGAUCAGAUUUCAGUUGCUGAUGUACUGUGUACCACGUGCAAGCAACUGCUUUUCCGUCCUGUUGUUCUUAACUGUGGACAUGUUUCUUGUCAAACAUGCAUCGGUAUACCUGCUGAUGAGAUGCUUAGGUGUCAAGUUUGUCAAUGUUUGCAUCCAAGGGGUUUUCCAAAAGUCUGCUUGACACUUGAUCACUUUUUGGUGGCUAAAUUUCCCAAUGAGUAUUCACUGAGAAAAGAUACUAUUCAGUUCAAACAAGCUUCUUGCAAGCAUGAGGGACCAUCCACUUGUUCCAUGGAAGAUGGUAAAAGAGAUAUCUCACCUGUCCAGUUGCCCUCAGAAGUAAAGCCCCAUCGCUAUAUUCAUGUAGAAGCUGGUUGUGAUGCUUGUGGGAUGUGUCCGAUAGUUGGGGAUAGAUACAGAUGCAAGGAUUGUACAGAGAGAAUGGGAUUUGAUCUUUGUGGAGAUUGCUAUAAAACUCGACCUAAGCUUCCAGGCAGGUUCAAUCAGAGACACACUCCAUGCCAUAAGUUUGUGCUUAUAAACCCACAUUACCUGAAAGGUUGAGGCUGUUUACUGAACAACCAGAGAAAGAUUCCACAUCUAUUGUCGACAUCUCCGGAUAAUCUGGAAACCGGACUAAUACCUCAAGCUUUGUCAGGCACUAUACAAGAAAAUAUUCGCAAUAAUGUUGCGUCGUGUUUCGAGACUGAUAGCAUUGAAGAUGAGGAUGGAGAUAUCAUUGCCCUAUUGGUCGAUUGGUAACGGUUUAGCAAUAUUCUAGUGAUAGGAACUGGUGAAUUAAGUUAUAGAUAGGGGUAUUUAUUGAGUGAGUCGAUCGCGAGUUAGGUAGUACUGGACUCGUGCUCGUUAAAAAAACUUGUUGCUCGACUCAUAUUCGUUAAAUAAACUUGUUGCUCGA